CAAUGACGUCACGACUACUGUUGACGACGGACGUGGCUGAGGGCGACGUGUGUUCUGGGGUCCGAUUUUCUCGUGUUUUUCUCGUGUUUAUUACAACGAAACGCCGUCUUUUCCCUCCGGAAAAUGGGGCUGACGCUCUCGACCGUCUUCUCGCGUCUCUUCGGCAAGAAGCAGAUGCGUAUUUUAAUGGUGGGUCUUGAUGCUGCUGGUAAAACAACCAUAUUGUAUAAGCUGAAGCUGGGUGAAAUUGUAACUACUAUUCCCACUAUUGGUUUUAACGUGGAAACUGUGGAAUACAAGAACAUCAGCUUUACGGUGUGGGAUGUCGGAGGCCAAGAUAAAAUCCGUCCUUUGUGGAGACAUUACUUCCAAAAUACUCAGGGGCUAAUCUUUGUUGUCGACAGUAACGACAAAGAGAGAAUAACAGAAGCUUCAGAGGAAUUGUCUAAGAUGUUACAUGAAGAUGAGCUAAGAGAAGCAGUUUUACUUGUAUUUGCUAACAAACAAGAUUUGCCAAAUGCCAUGACAGCAGCUGAACUUACCGAUCGCCUAGGACUUAACCAAUUACGAAACAGAAGGUGGUACAUCCAAGCAACUUGUGCUGUCCAGGGUCAAGGAUUAUACGAAGGACUUGAUUGGCUAUCCAAUGAAUUAUCCAAGAAGUAAAGUUAUGAAGAGUUUUAGUUUUUUUUUUUUUUUUUUUUUUCCUUGCCCCCCGUUAGAGUGGGGGUUUAGCAGAAGCUUUGGUAUGGAUGUGCUAUAUUUUUAUUGAACUGCUACAUAAAAGAUAAAUAAUAAAUCUCAAUUUAUUUGUUAUAACACUCAUGGCUACAAGCUAGACUUUAUAUACAGUUAAAAGAAAAUGCCUAAUGAUGAGAUUCUCCACUUUUUAUAAGCAGGAAGGAUUCACAAAACAUUUUUAUGAUAGGUUUCAUCAUUGAGUUGUGGUUUUUUGUAUUGUCUUGAAUUUAUUCACAAUGGACUGAAUACAUAUAUUUAAGGUUUUACGUUUUCGUUGCAUAAGGUGAUUGUGAGUAUUUUAGGGCCUAGAGUCAAGUCAAGACUUGUGUUAUUUUUAAUGGCAGUUCCCUUCAGUAAACUUUGACAUAAAAGAGAAAAAAAAAAGGUUAAAAAAGAUUUUGAUGUUUUUACAACUAGAAGUGAAUGCUGGUCAAAUGAUGAUAUAUUAUAGUAGUUUGUAUGGACUUUUGUUAUAUAGAAAGAGCCACAAUAAAUCCCAACAUUGAUCUUGUAAUACGGUAUCGUUAUUGUAAUGUAAAUGUAGUAUGUAUAUUUUGGAAUAAAAAUUUUAUGUUGCAUUGAGAUAUUCAGUCCUUUUUUUUUGGUUUAGUAUUAACAGAUGUAUCUGAAAAGUCCAUAAUAUACAGUUGUAAGGAUUCUGAUUGUAUAUAUAUACAUUAUGGUGGCAUUAGAAUAUAAUUCCCUUUGUUAACGUUGAUGCUCUUCUGUCAUCUUGGAUAUAUAAAUAUAUAUUUUUUUCCCGAAAAGUAUGUCGAUAGUGGUCUUGGUUCAGGUUUUCCAUUUAGGCAGCAUCCGAGUCGUUGCCGUCAGCUCAGCAUCUCCAAUCGCGACCAUUCAUCAGUACUUUCAUUUCUUCUGUUCAUUCGUUUCCCCCAGGAUUUCAAGCACUUCGGUGACAAAACAGUGAGGUGACUGUUCCAAAGAGUUUAUUACUUCCAAGUUAUAAAAUAAAAAUACAUCUCUUCCGCAUUUCUACGAAGACCAUGCAAGAUCAACUUGACUAGGCAGUUAAUGUAGAUGUAGACAAAGCCAAAUUUGUAUUUUCACUCGCCUUUAGUAGAGCUCACCUCACUGGUUUGUGUGUGCCUCUUUUUUGAGUAUGGUGCCUCACUUUUCUUCUGAAUUUUAAUUUAUGAAUGAUGAGCAGGUUAUUUUCUCUCUCUCUCUCUUCUCUCACUACUGAAUCCCUGGGUUUAGGAAUACAUUCCUUGUUGCUUUAUGGUUUCUUUGUCCUCUUACUAUAAGAAGACAAUGAUACAUCAUAGUUUGUAACUUCUUAAUAAACAUGUUUGACUAUA